CUUUCUGUAAGAAACUAAAGGGAAGAUAUGUAAUUCAUCUUAAGAAAGUUUAUUCUUUAUUUCUCUUGAUCCUACUCAGCUUCUUGAAAAAUGCAAGUAUUUCUGACAAAGAGGAUUAGUCAGUUAUGGAAGGAUCAGCUCUUAAUGACUCUCACCACUGUAAGAAACAACUCAGAUAGUUUUCCGAUACUGAUUCUAAACUGUGCAGAAUAGUACAUAAUGACAUAGUAAACAUGAACAAAAAAAUUCAGCGGAAAAAGUGCCAUACUUACUAAAUGGCAAAAUAGAAAAAUAACACUUUUUAAAAACUUCUUGCUGUCAUGUUGUGACAAAACUAGUUGAAUUUUAAGUUUAGGCUUUUCCAUUUCAUCUAAUGUUGACUUUUAGGUUACUGAAUGAGAGUGUGCCUAUAAAUGUUGUAGUCUUAAAAUAACUCACUUGUAAAGUGCCAUAAACUGCUUUAAAAAAAUUUUUUUUUAAGGAGCAAGAAUAAAGAUGCCAAAUUGCAUAUUUUUUGUUUUUUAUUUACUAAAGUAUCAUAACUUUUUUUCUAUUACUCUGUUAUUUUCAAGCUCUUCCAGGGUUAAGAAUUGGGAAGCUUAAAGACAUCUUCCAUUUAAACCUAAAUUUUAUAUUCUCUUUCUUUUCUCCUAUUUUCCAUUAUACUCAAACUGCUUCUUCAAAAUCAUGGAUAAGAUUUGUUAUGUCAUAGGGCGAGGAGGGCAGAUAUGGAAUUUUUACAGGUGAUUGACCUGUAAGGUUUAGACUGCCAGAUGAGUACAGCGGCAGUUAGUUGGUCUUAUAAUCAAUGGAUAAAGUGGGGAAAAUGUGGAAUAACUUCAAAUACAGGUGUCAGAAUCUCUUCAGUCAUGAGGGAGGAAGCCGUAGUGAAAAUGUGGAUAUGAACUCCAACAGAUGUUUGUCUGUCAACGACAAAAACAUCAGUAUAGGAGACUCAGCUCCUCAGCAACAAAGCAGUCCCUUAAGAGAAAAUGUUGCCUUACAACUGGGGUUAAGCCCUUCAAAGAAUUCUUCAAGGAGAAACCAAAACUGUGCCACUGAAAUUCCUCAGAUUGUUGAAAUAAGCAUUGAAAAGGAUAAUGACUCAUGUGUCACCCCAGGAACAAGACUUGCCAGAAGAGAUUCCUACUCUCGACAUGCUCCUUGGGGUGGGAAGAAGAAACAUUCCUGCUCUACAAAGACACAGAGUUCACUGGAUACUGAUAAAAAGUUUGGUAGAACUCGAAGUGGACUUCAAAGGAGAGAGAGGCGAUACGGUGUAAGCUCUGUGCACGACAUGGACAGCGUUUCCAGCAGAGCCGUAGGAAGUCGCUCUCUGAGACAGAGGUUGCAGGAUACUGUGGGCUUGUGUUUUCCCAUGAGAACUUACAACAAGCAGUCAAAGCCCCUCUUUUCUAAUAAAAGAAAAAUACACCUUUCUGAAUUAAUGCUUGAGAAAUGCCCUUUUCCUGCUGGCUCGGAUUUGGCCCAAAAAUGGCAUUUGAUUAAACAGCAUACAGCUCCUGUGAGCCCACAUUCAACAUUUUUUGAUACAUUUGAUCCAUCCUUGGUUUCUACAGAAGAUGAAGAAGAUAGGCUUCGAGAGAGAAGGCGGCUUAGUAUUGAGGAAGGGGUUGACCCCCCUCCCAACGCACAAAUACAUACGUUUGAAGCCACUGCACAGGUUAACCCAUUAUAUAAACUGGGACCAAAGUUAGCUCCUGGAAUGACUGAAAUAAAUGGGGACAGUUCUGCAAUUCCACAAGCUAAUUGUGACUCUGAAGAGGACACAACCACGCUGUGUUUGCAGUCACGGAGGCAGAAGCAACGUCAGGUAUCUGGAGACAGCCAUGCCCACGUUAGCAGACAGGGAGCUUGGAAAGUCCAUACACAGAUUGAUUACAUACACUGCCUCGUGCCGGAUUUGCUUCAGAUCACAGGUAAUCCCUGUUACUGGGGAGUGAUGGACCGUUACGAAGCAGAAGCCCUUCUGGAAGGGAAACCUGAAGGUACAUUUUUGCUCAGGGACUCUGCACAGGAGGACUACCUCUUCUCUGUGAGCUUCCGUCGCUACAACAGAUCCCUGCAUGCCCGAAUUGAACAGUGGAAUCACAACUUUAGUUUUGACGCUCACGACCCGUGUGUGUUUCACUCCUCCACUGUAACAGGACUUUUGGAACAUUACAAAGACCCCAGGGUUUUUGAGUGCACAUGUACAUGGUCUACUGUAUUGAUAUAUUAUCUAUAG